CGAGCUCCAGCGGAUGUGUCGGGAACGCGCGGCGCGCGGCUCCAGGCGGACAGUACUGGGAGCGCGUGCGUGCUGUCAUUCACUCAACUCGCAUGUUUUGAUUCCCGGGAAGUUCCCGUCCGUGGACUAAAGUGGCGAGAUGUCCACUGUGACGCAGCCCGCUAGCGACCGGCAGGCUGCUCGUCGACGGGAAGACGAAGAGCCGACGACGGACUCCCAGAGAAGAUGGCUUCCUCCUCAGCCAGAGCCCGGACGGACGGCGUCACACCGGGUUGAUGGCAGUCGGAUCCGCGAUCCCGCCACCUGGUGGCCCCACGUGGACGACCCCACCACCAGGGAGCCUCGGUUCGACGACUGCGAGCGCAUGGGCAACCUGUUCGGGACACUCAACAAGUGCCUGCGGCGGAUGGGCUUCGCCCAGAUGUACUUUGGGGAGAAGAUCGUGGAACCGGUGGUGAUUGUGUUCUUUUGGAUGCUGCUCUGGUUCCUGGGAAUCCAGGCCCUGGGGCUGGUGGGCACCGUGUGCAUCAUCAUCAUCUACAUCCAGAAGUGAAGAGGGCGGAGGGGCGGAGCCUGCUGUUUUUCUUUGUUUGACGCUUUGAAGGUGUGCAGGACCUCACGCAGUGGGUCUAUGCUUUUAGAGGUAUGGAGGGCGGGGAGUGGUGCUUGCUCCAACAGGUUUCUUGAAACGAUUCAAAGCGCUACUUUGGAGUGAUAGCAUUGAUCAGCUGAUUUAAAGGAACACAUUGUCUCUCAGGAACCAUCUCCAUCUUCUCUAACAUGCAGGUUGUUAAUGUUGCGUUCACACAAAUAGAUAUGACUCCAAUAAGCAAUCAUAACGCACUGUAAGAUCUAUGCGAUAGAUACAACAUACUAAUGGCUGAUGUAGGAGCUAAUGCAGUGUUUCCCCUAUCUUCAUGUUAGGCGGCACACAGACACUGAGCGCACACACAGGUGAGCACACUCCCCGCGGUGGAGAAACGACGAUUUCCGAAUUCCAGCAGCUAUUCCCAUCCAGUCCUGCGUCGAGAUGAGUGAUAGCUGUGCAGAGCGAUGCCCAGGAACAACCUGGUUCUUUCUGCUUAUCACUUCUAGAUAAGUCAAGACGUGACAUUUUAAUACUUGAUCGGAGUCAUUAAGGGUCACAGGAGCGGCUUUACAACAUAUCCCUUCCUAACAACUUUUCACAAUUACAUGAUUUAGUUAUUCAAAGGCUUUUAUUAUUAUUAUUUAUUAUUGAAGUGGCGAAAAUCCAGAACCUUUUGUUUUCAUCAGAAGUAACUUAACACAGCCCUCCACGUUAGUGGAGUACCGUUGUUCAUUAGUCAUAUCACAUCUUACUCACCAUCCUCCUCCGGCUCAGGGUUUAGUCUGAAGAAUCCUUAAUCGAAGAUGUAAAGCUGAAUCAGGACACUUAUCAAACUGCAGCAGGAGCGCGACCCAGUCUCCUCCGAGUCACCCUCAUAUCCAUGAGUUUUUAUUGUCGAAUAAAAACGUCAUGAUUUAAUUUCA